UUGCAGAGUAAACUGCAGAGAUCCUUUUCAGGAGGAGAACAUGAACCUAUAAUUGACAACUCCGCGGAACCAGUGCUCCUUGAAUCAGACCUGUUCCUGCAGUACAUUACAGCCAUCUGAGUCGGUCUUGCCAUGAGAAGGAAGCUGGAAUAUGAUUCUCUAAGGAAUGAUGCUAGUUUCUAGUGACUUGUGAGCUCAGGGUAACAUCUGAAAACAAAUCCAAGAGAUAUGUGCUCCCUGGAGAAGCGAGGCAGCGUCUUUAUACUGACCCUAACCGGCAACGAUGACCACCGGUUAAACCCGACGCUCAUCGACUCCAUCCGGGCCGCGCUCCAGCAAGUCAAAGCCGAAUCUACUGGCCCCUCGGCCCUGAUAACCACGGCCCAAGGUAAGUAUUUCUCCAACGGCUACGACCUUAAGUGGGCCGGAAGCAAUGUCGGCGGCGCACAGCUCAUGUCCUCCAAGCUUCGUUCUCUCGUUUCCGAACUAAUCACUCUGCCCAUGCCCACCAUCGCGGCUAUCACCGGCCACGCCUCCGCAGCCGGCUUCGUCUUGGCGCUGUGUCACGACUACCAUCUAAUGCGAAAGGAUCGAGGGUUUCUCUACGUGAGCGAGCUGGAUAUCGGAUACAAGGUUCCUCUCUGGUUUGCGGCUUUGAUAAAGAGCAAAGUUGGCUCGCCAAAGGCACGGCGGGAGAUGAUAAUGAAAGCGGCUAAGCUGACAGCUGAGAUGGCUCUGGAGAGGGGCAUUAUCGACUCGGCGCAUGAUGGCGCGGAGGAGACGGUUGACGCUGCCGUGAAACUAGGGGAGGAGUUGGUGAGAAGGAAGUGGAGUGGACACAUGUACGCUCAGAAUAGGACGGCUGUGCUGGAUGAGGUGUUGAGUACGCUUGGAUUUGACGAAACCGUGGGUGAUUAUGGGAGCUCAACCAAGACUUUUUCAAGACUCUGAGAUAUUCCUUUGUAAUAAUCCUACCCUAUAAAAAAAAAAAAAAAAGAAGUCAUGUUUGUUCGUUUGUCUUUUUCAUGUUUAAUUUUAAUAGUAUUGGUUUUUGGAAAAUGAGGUGGAAAUUGUGAAAGGAGGAAUACUAGUUGGGGUGGCUUAGGGGCAGGAGCAAUUAUGUUCUAGGUGCUGUCGUUCUUGUUAAAUUGUACUAGCGUACGAGUUCUUUACAAAAUAAUGCAAGGCGUGAUUGAUUCGUGCAA